UUUAUCAUUUCGACUAUGUCGUUGAACCGACCGCAUAACUGAUGGAUGUCCCUUUCUGGAUACGGAUGAGAUACCCUGUUCUCGUUCUCUCGGCGCCUUUAAACAGGGACUGCCCUUACUGUUUCGUAGAUAUUUAACUGAACCCGUUAGAUUUGUGUACCACAACAUGUAGGCCACAGACUGACGCCGAUGGGAUUCCUAAUUUGUUAACGUGCGUAUCCGUCGAGGCUGCAGCGCGCACCGUCACUAAAGAGUCAUGGUUCUUUUUGGAGGGAUUAACUCCCUGACCCUGGGCCUCAGCGUCUUCGUGGUCAUAGUGCUCUGGAAACUGAGCCGUAUCGGUCAAAGACCCAAGAACUACCCUCCCGGGCCGCCCACUCUGCCUCUCAUUGGUAACAUCCAUCAGAUACCAAGCGAGAAGCGGCACAUACAGUUCACAAAAUGGGCGGAAGAAUACGGGCCGAUUUACUCGCUCAUGCUGGGGAGUCAAGUCAUGAUCGUGCUUAGCUCCGACGUGGUGAUUAAGGAUCUGGUGGACAAGCGCGGGGCCAUCUACUCUUCGCGGCCGGAAGCCUACCUUGCUCAAGAUGUCCUGAGCGGAGGACUUAGAGUCUUGUUCAUGGAAAACUCGCCCAACGGGACUUGGAAAGGGGUCCGCAAGCUUCUGCACCUGAUCUUGAACGUCAUUGCCGCGCGCAGUUAUGUCCCGUACCAAGAUCUCGAAAACAAGGCCAUGCUUAUGGGCUUGUUGGAGAGUCCCAACGACUUCAUCAACCACCUGCGUCGCUAUUCGGCCUCCUUAACCACGCAGAUGACAUUUGGCUUCCGUACGGUGACGAUGGACGAUCCGAGGAUUAAGCAGGCGUUUGAUUCGUUCGAUCGGACCUCUGAGCUAAUCGUGUCUCCGACUGCCGCCUUGCUGGACCUCAUACCCGUCCUCCGAAGGCUACCGGACUUCCUGCUGCCAAUCAUUAAAGAAGCCAGGGAAAUGCACCGGCGGGAGCUGAAGCUCUUCAAGGAUUACUAUUUCGACGUGAAGAGAGGACUUCGCGACGGCACCGCCAAGCCCUGCAUAUCCGUGGACAUCGUCAAAAUGCAGAAGCAGGAAGGGCUCUCCGACGAUCUUGCCGCGUACAUAAGUGGCCAGAUCCUGCAGGCCGGCUCCGAGACCACGGCGGGCAUCCUCCUGGGCUUCAUCCAGGCCAUGGUCAUCUUCCCCGAGGUGGCUAAGGCCGGCCAGGAGGAGCUCGACCGCGUCUGCGGCGACCGAAUCCCGGACCUUAACGACGUGCCGAACCUGCUCUACAUCCGCGCCUGUGCCAAGGAGUGCGUGCGCUGGAUGCCGGGGCUCUUCCUCGGUGUGCCGCACGCCGUCACCCAGGACGACACGUACCAGGGGUAUCACAUCCCGAAGGGCGCGACCGUCAUCAUGAACGUCUGGGGCAUCCACAACGACCCGAAGCGGCACCCGAACCCGCGGGCGUUCGACCCGCUGCGGUACAUCCACGACCAGCAGUCGUCGAUGGCGGCGGCGAACAACCCGGACGCGACGCAGCGCGACCACUUCGGGUUCGGGGCGGGGCGGCGGCGCUGCCAGGGCAUGCACAUCGCUGACCGGUCCAUCUUCCUGGCGCUGUCGCGGCUGCUGUGGGCCUUCGACUUCCGCCGCGCGAUCGACCCGGCUACCGGCCGCGAGCUCGUCCCCGACAUGGACGCCCUCGUCGACGGCAUCCUCGCCAUGCCCAAGCCCUUCCCCGCCGACAUCGCCCCCCGCACCCCCGCCAGGGCCCGCCGCGUCCGCGAGGAGUGGGCCCAGGUCGCUGCCCUCCUCGACCCCGCCAUGCAGUGGCGCGAGGUCCCCAAGGGCCUCGUCUGGGGCGACGAGCAGCCCCAGCUGCCCGACUAAGGCGCGCUGCUGGCGGCGGGCUGGCAUCGCGCGGUCCGCGCACGCUCGAACCGGGUUCGGUAGUGGCGCCGGGCUGUAACGCGUCGGCCCCCCUGGGAUC